AUGAGUUCUGAAGAAACAAAGACAAAGUACGAAGAAUAUUGGGGAAAAGUGGCUGACGAAAUAAAGAAAUUAGAAAAUCCAAAUGAAAUAGAAUCUUUGUUAGCAGGAAAUCUUGCUGAAACAGAAAAGAUAGAUAAAGAAAACGGAUUUUUAUGGUUCCAAUCAUUAAUUCUUAAAAUGAAACCAAUCGCAAAUGCACAUGUUUCAGGGAAUAUUCUAAAAUCUAUUAUUCAGCUAAUGCUUCAGUGGGCAUUUGUAGAUAUAGAUUCAAGAAUGAACAUUGCAGCACAGAUUAUUAACUUUUUAUUAUAUAACUUCAACUCACCAUUAGUGGCUCAAACUCUUCUUGAUUCAGUUUCAACAAUAUUUUUAAGCCAUUCUGAAGACGGCAAACCGCUUGACAUGAACAUUUUCCUCGCUUUACAAUCACCAGUCUUUUCUUACUCCGUUAGUGAACAAGAAAAUGCUGAUUCUGUUUUAGAAAUUUGGUUCUUCAGUUUAUGCGCAACCUAUGCAUCAAAUAUCUUCGGAUCUGAUAAGAAGCUUGCAUUAGCCUACUUCAAACUCAUGAACCAUGCUUUCUUCCAAGAUGCAGUUUUUCCAAUUUCCAUGGAUGUUCUACAAGGAUCUCCUGUUUCCAGCAAAUUCAGAAAGAUCCAGGAACAAAUAAGAUCAGCAAUUGCUGCAGUUGCCGUACAAAUUGAAGAACAAGAAUUGCAGAACGAAAGUGUUUAA